AUGUUCCUUUGGUGUAUGGAAAGACUUGAUUCUCUACUUUGUCGAUUAGAAAAAGUAACUAUUCUUCUUGAAGCAGCUGUCGUUAACAAUAUGUAUCGGACAUCACCAAUUAAAAUAUCUUCGGAAAGUGGAAAUCCUUCAUCAAUCAAGGAAUUUCAUGAAAUAGUCACUGGCCCUUUAUCGGAAUACGUACGUAAUAGUUUCGAAAUUGGAGACAUUGUUGGAAAUCACGCCUCUAUGGUUAAACAAUGUUUUUUGAUGCAAGAAGGAAUAAUCAAAUUGGCAGCUGAAUGCUCAAAACCUUCUGACUCUGAACUUAAGCUUAUUAUAACACCAUUAGGAAACCUAAUAGAAGAAGUUAUCAAAUUUAAGGAUAAUAAUCGAAGCAGUAACUUUUUUAACCAUCUUUCAGCUGUGGCUGAGUCUGUUACAGCUCUAGGCUGGCUAAGUGAUACUGUUGCACCAUCGACGUACGUUAAAACCAUGCAAGAAGCCGGUGAAUUCUUUACGAAUCGUGUUCUUAUGGAAUACAAAAACAACGACACAAUUCAUCGUGCUUGGAAAAAAUCUUUAAUGUCUGUUUGGACUGCAUUACAAGUUUAUGUUAACAAGCAUCAUACCACUGGUUUGGUUUGGAAUGCUCGUGGUAAACCAGCUGUGGCAUCGAAGCUGUCUAAGUCUUCGCCUACUCGUGAAGUUAAUUCCAAUUGUUCUGCACAAUCACCCCCUGUACUUACAGCUUCUCAUUUAGCUGCAAUGUCAUUGCAAGCAAACGAUAACACAACACAGUCUAAUUUAUUUGCUGAUCUGAAUCGUGGAACAGCGGUGACAUCUAAUCUGCGCAAAGUGACUGACGAUAUGAAAACACAUAAAAAUCCCAAACUUCGUGAAGGACCUAUUAUCCAUACAUCACGAAAUCAAGUGAAUUCAUCAUCGAAUAAUCCCACUGUCCGACCACCAUCUGAGAAAGAGCCGUCGGGGGCUGGAUGUUUGGAACUAAGGGGUAACAGAUGGAUUGUAGAAAAUUUCCAGUCUGCCGGAAAUUUACAAAUUGUUAGUACCGAAACAAAACAAACAGUUUGUAUUCAUAAAUGUAAUGAAUGUACAGUUCAAAUUAAGGGGAAAAUUAAUUCAAUCAUGAUGGAUAAUUGUAAGAAAACCGGUGUAGUCUUUGAUCAUCUGAUCUCAUCUAUUGAUGUGGUGAAUUGUCAGAGUGUUAAAAUUCAGUGUCUUGGACAAUUAUCAACUGUGAAUAUUGACAAGACAGAUGGAUGUCAAGUGUUCUUAAGUGAAGACUCAAAGUAUGCUGAUGUGAUCACAGCAAAAUCUUCAGAGAUCAAUAUCCUCAUACCUAAAGGAACUGAUGAUUUUGAAGAGUUCGCAGUCCCAGAACAAUUUAAAACAAAUUUUACUGGAAAAGGGUUGAAAACGGUGUGUAGUGAUUCUAGAUAA